AUGAGUCACCUUGAACAACAAUUAGAGGUCAGAAGAGCUGUGACAAAAAUUUCCCAUUUGGAUUUGGUUGAUCGACCAGUAAUUGUAUUGGAAAAGACAAACGCUGUGCCUGAGCAUAAUCAAUAUUUUCAGCAAUUUCAAAAUAUCAUGAACCGCGGUAUAGUAGUCCAUAACAAAAUAAAAGCAUCAUUACGAGAUCUUUCAAGGACCAGAGAUGUGCAAGCUUGCAAAGCAGCUCGCAAAGCUGCUGACAAUUCGCUUAAGGAUCUGUCCAAAGAGUUGAAGCCCUUGUUGUCAUUCUUGCAAUCUUCCCCCCAAGCUGUUCAAAUUUUGUCUAAGGUGGAGGAGCUGGUUGCCAAGGAGAAGGAACUGCAAGAGAAGCUAAUGUUGAAACACUCCACGGUGGUAGAUUGUUAUGAGAAGAAAUUUGGGGGAUGA